AUGUUCACCGAUAAACCAGGGAAGAACACAUUGUCGAUCAGGCUCGCAGAGUCGGCUGUAUUCCUGCGCACCAACGAUUUCACAGGAAGGAGUCGCGAUUCACGACCAGCCCUAUUGCGCGGGCUCCUUGUUCUCGAUCUCGUAAAGCCAACGAAAAUAUCGAGUAUCGAGCUUGAGCUUACUGCCAAGACCUCGACCUCUUGGCCAGAAGGGAUCGGGGCACGGCGUCUGGAAGUUACUGAAGAUCACACGGUCUUUGCAGCAACCACUAUAUUCUUCAAAGCCGGUCCUACACCACGACGCACUGCUUCAAUCGGUCCAGGCACCCAUGAUGAAGCUGUCCGGGACGACUGGGAUGAUGAACCCCAACACAUGACCCUCCCUCGAAGGACGGACGAACACCGAGGGAGGCCAGAUACCUCCGACCGAGCAUCUCGACGCAUAAGUCUCGAUAGCUCUGUAUUCCAGCGAUACCCUGUUUCGCAUCACGAAGAUCACCGAUUAACCCAAACACCCCCUUAUUCUCCUCAAUCCGCUAGCCCAUUAACGAGUCCGCUGAUGAGCCCCAUGGAACGAUCUGCGAGCACUUUGUACUCGCCCCAUACAAGUCUGCGCCAAGAUGAGAGUCCAGCCCAGACACUCGAGGAUUUGCGAAACGCACUUUUCGACCACAGUACGUCAUGCCAACCCAUUUGUCCCCUGAGAGUUGAUUCGAGCUACAAAUCCCUUUCUCGUCGACCCAGUAUCGAGGAUAUACCAGAAUAUGAGCCAGGACCAAGUAAUCACAAUAGCAUCAACUCUCACAUGAGCGUCACAUCUCCGCUAUCUCCCGAUGACGAUAGCAAGCAUGACCACAGAGGGCGGAAACAUCACCGGUUCAGCUUGGCGUCCGUCUCUAGUGCUAUCAGAGACGCCGUCAGGCCUGCUUCACCACGUAAGCCAGAAUCCAGGGAACGUGAAGGAGAUCACAGACGUGGCAGAAGCCUCGAUAAAGGGAAAGGGAAAGCCGUCUCGAAGGAGCGUCCGACGUUGCUCAAAUCUGGGUCAGACAGCAUAAAGUCAGACAAGGAAAGGAAGGACGCUUGGAAAGAGUUCAAGAAAGGAACUUAUACAUACCCCAUUUCAUUUCAAAUACCCGGACAUUCUCCGCCGACGCUUCAGUGCAACUUUGGCUCCGUGGUAUGGCAGCUCAAAGCGACUGUCCACCGCCCAGGGGCUUUCAAGUCCAAACUCGUCACGAGCCGAGAGGUCAAUGUUAUUUGCUGCCCUGGCUCGGACGACACUGAGGAUACUGAGAAUAUUAUUGUCGAGCGGCAGUGGGAAGACCAACUGCAGUACUUCAUCUCUAUUUCCGGGCGAAGCUUCUACAUCGGAGGCACGGUCCCGGUCCAAUUCACCUUGAUGCCUCUGGCGAAAGUGCGAAUAUACCGAAUUGGAGUGUACAUCGAAGAGCGCGUUGAUUACUACACGAAUAUGAAGCGGAUCGCUCGAACCGAUCCAAUUAAUCGAACGCUUCUCCUGUCAUUGAAGCAUGAAGGCAAGGGUGGCGGUCAUAUCUUGCCCCUGGACUCCGACGAUGUCGAGGCUUACCAGAAGUCCCCCUUGUCUACCGUCUUGACCAGAAACGAGGAUCCAUCGGAAAUGGCAUCCAACUUCAUGGGACCUGGACCAUGGACAUUCCAUCAUGACCUCCAGCUCCCUACAUCUUGCAACAUCCUCCAUUUCACCAACAAGAAUCGAAGAGGAAACAUAGUGAUUACUCACAUGCUCAAGUGUGUCAUCAGGAUUGAGAGGGGGGACGACAAGCAUUUGGAUGCAAAGACCGGGAAGAGGAAACUGUUUGAUAUUGUUAUCCAGACGCCAGUGCAGAUUCUCUCGUGUCGCUGCAACCCCGAUUGGAUUUCCCUCCCACCGUACUCGGAGUCGAGCGAGGAUUGGAUACAUGACCAACAACAAUGUCCGUGUGUUGUCAGGAAAACUGGUGCUACUAAUUUGCUGUCGCGUAUGAAUACGCGACGUUCGAGCGACUCCUCGGUGUCUAGCGUUGCAUCGUCUUUCGUCGAUGCAAUGUCAUCACCUACCCCACGGCGGUAUGAAACACUUCUCGACCAGAAUACUCUCUUUGAACGACUGGUCGCUGGCCAAGAAAGCGAAGCAGGGGAGGUCCCACCUUCCUACGACGCGGUUACUAGAGAGAGAGGUGGAGUGAACGGACAUUAA